AUGUCGGGAUUCAAAGGCGUUCUUAAGAACGGAUGGCAUCCUGAGAAAGAAGGCACAACUUUCAAGGGCCAAGUGAACAGCGUCCUGGGCCGCAACAAAGACGACAAGCGCAAAACCGACCAUGUUGCACGCCCUCUCAACUCUCUACAGGAUCCAGACUCGUUUGCACCACCUCCUCGCCGCACAGGAACGGGCCUCGAGCCAGCUCCUCCGCCAUCAGGCGAGAAGCGGAAAGUAAUCGGUGCACCUUCGAGAUAUCAGGACCCGCGAUCGCCAGAUAAAAUCUCCCCAGUCAAGAUUUCACACGAGUCUCAGCUGCAUGAAGAGGAGCAGCAAGUAGUAGCGCACGAUGACAAGCCCAAGGCGUAUAGCAUGAACACCACAGGCUUGCGAACCGACCAUCUACCUCCCCCGCCAGGGCGACGAGACGGUGCCGACGGACGAAGCCCCGACGCAGCACCGGCAACAAUGCCCAUUGGAAGAGCUGUAAAGACACAGGCAAAGCCAGCACCCGGACUCCCGCCGCGAUUACCUGCGCGAGGCCCAGCUCCUGCUCCGCCACCACGAGACGAUCCCUCGCAGCUCAACCAAGGCGCCGUGGAUAGACUAGGUUCCGCGGGAGUCUCGGUCCCCGGGUUCGGAAUCGGCGGAAAUAAGAGCCAGAUGAACGAGCUGCAGAAUAAUUUUUCCAAGUUGAACACCAAGACAGACACAGGCGCCGCAGUGCCAGCGCAAGGGACGACAUGGGCAGAGAAGCGCGCGGCGCUGGAUACGGCGUCCAAGUUUCAGAAAGAUCCGUCAUCGAUAUCGCUUUCGGAUGCAAAGGCUGCGGCUAACACGGCAAACAACUUCCGCCAGCGGCAUGGUGAGCAGGUCGCAGCGGGUCUCAAGACUGCGAACUCAGUGAACCAAAAGUACGGCGUGGCUGACAAGGUCGGCGGGUUUGCAAGCAAAGUGCAAGGCAACCAAGAUGGACAAGCUCAACAACAGCAGCAGCAAAGUCAAGGAGCGGCCCUUUUGAACAUGGCAGCUGGGCUGAGCAAGAAGAAGCCACCACCACCGCCGCCUGCAAAGAAGGCCAGUCUUGCAGGAAAUAAGACCAGUGCUGGGGGCGACGACGACACGCCGCCACCAGUGCCCAUGUCUACAAGACCCAACUUUUAG